UCACGCUGCCUGCUCGCGCCCCUCCUCUCCAGCCAAGCGAGGUGCUAUUGUCUCGUUUCCUGUGACCGUUCGAGUCUUCCAGAGUCCAGGCUACCACUCAUACUUAGACAAAUGCACGCCUCUGUCCGGUACCACGGGACCAAUCGCCUAAUAUCGCCGCCGAAGUGAUAUUGUGUGACGCUGUAAGUGACAAACGGAGACCUCGACUCGCGCCGUGAUUACUACAGAUUUGUGCAUUCCCGGCAAGGAAUAUAUUUGCUGUUUCUGAUACUGGCAUAUUCUAUUUGAAGAAAUUUCACAUCUGUUAUGUUGGCCGGGCUCUCUUAAGGAUAACGGACCCAGGCACGGGGCUACUCAUCUAAGAUGUACAACUUGUUUCUUUGUUUCUGGCUUAAGUGCGCCUAUACGUCUAGCUGAUGCUACUCGUCGCGAGGAGCACUUUUGCAUCAGUUGGCGGAGCUUCACUGUAAUUGACAACUGCAGUUCAGUGCCAAAGAGCCAUGACAAGGAGAAGGCGAUUCUGCGGCCCAAGCUCUUGCUGACAGCCCUCAAGGUCGGGACACGAGAGGAGGAACCGAUUGGCAGAAGGCUCGACAGUCGACGAGCCCGUCCAAAAACCCGUCGCCAUGGCGAGCUUGGUGCUGAAUGACACGGGGCUGGCGGACUGCAGGAUUGACGACUCCUUCAAGUACAACCUGUAUGGCGUGGUGUACAGCGUGGCCUUCGUGCUGGGGCUGGUGACCAACUGCGCCUCACUCUUCGUCUUCUGCUGCCGCAUGAAGAUGCGCAACGAGACCACGCUAUUCAUGACCAACCUGGCGCUCUCGGACCUCGUGUUCGUCUUCACACUGCCCUUCAAGAUCUUCUACAACGUCAACCGACACUGGCCCUUUGGCGACUGGCUUUGCAAGAUCUCCGGCGGCGCCUUCAUCACCAACAUCUACGGCAGCAUGCUCUUCCUCACCUGCAUCAGCGUCGACCGCUUCCUUGCCAUCGUCUACCCGUUCCGCUCCCGCUCGGUCCGCUCGCGACGCAAUGCACUCGUGAUCUGCGUUGCCAUCUGGAUCCUCAUCCUGGGUGGCGGCAUGUCCGUCACAUUCUUCUCCGCCACCAACCGCGCCAAGAGCAGCACCACGUGCUUCGAGGGCUUUUCCAAGAACACGUGGAAGACCUACCUGUCCAAGAUCACCAUCUUCAUCGAGAUUGUUGGCUUCCUCAUCCCGCUGCUCAUUAACCUGGCAUGCUCGUCCAUGGUGCUGCGAACGCUCCGCAAGCCCGCCACGCUCUGCCAGAUCGGCACCAACAAGGAGCGCGUGCUGCGCAUGAUCGUUGUGCACCUGGCCAUCUUCAUCAUCUGCUUUGUGCCGUACAACUCCGUCCUCUUCGUCUACGCCUUGGUGCGCACCCAGGCGCUGGACAGCUGCUGGCUGGAGAGACUCGCUCGCACGCUCUACCCCAUCACACUCUGCGUGGCCACGCUCAACUGCUGCUUCGACCCCGUGGUCUACUACUUUACCUCCGAGUCCUUCCAGAAGUCGCUGACCACAGGGAAGGGCCAGUCACGGCCCGAGAACUUGCCCCGCAGUGAGGCGACCCUCUCGGGGAAGGAAAUCAACAACAGAGAGGAUAUGGAGGCCCAUCAGUUGUCCAGCAAUGGUAAAGAACAGGUGUCAGAGACCCAGUUCUGAUGUGAGCAGCAGAGUGCUACAGGGAAACUUAAACUAGCAAAAAAAAGGACAGAGAUCUUUUAAACUGGAAGAGUCUGGGUUUGCUGAAUAUUUUAUGGCAGUUUGGACCAAAUUCUGAAAACAAAUUCAAAUUGAAAAAAUUAAGAGAUUAAUGGAGGAUGUGGAAUAGCUGAACAGAAGAUUGGAUUUAUGAGGGUUCUUUCUGUGAAAAGGCCUCAAUCAGGUGGAUUAUGUUAAGCGUCAGGAAACGACUGGAAUUUGCUCGUUUGAUUGGACGUGUUGUGUGGACAUGAAACCAGAAAGGACCCCACAGGGCCAAAAGCUUCUUUUUUUGUAACCAUUUGUCUUGUUGUCUUGUGGCUGAUAUACUGUUUGGGUUUUUACAAUGUUGAAAUGUGUUUGUGUUAGUUCUGUGUGUGUUAAAUGUAAAAUGUAACUCUGGGUCAAGAGUCUUGUGACUGUGAUUGGGUGUCAUGACGUUCUUCAGGAGACAAAACCAUCCACUCUGCACCAGAACAAAUGGUAUUGCAGUGGUCCAGUAUUCAGAUGUUUUGCAUUGCAAUCAAACUUGUUAUUCAUAACACUAUUUGUUACUACUGCCAAUGUAACUCUUAGAUUUAUGCACAUAGGAAUUGCUUUACAUGAACAAUCUUGGCUUUCUUAUUGUGUGAGUAUAAAGCACACAGAAACGUACAAGAAAACAUACAUACGCACAUGAAUGCACUGGAUUAUAAGUAUUUCCUUUAUGUUGCAUUUUCUAAUGAAGCCUGCUAUGAUAAAGAAGAUUAUUUUAAUUUAGUUGAAAGAAACUGUCUUGUUUUUAACAAAAAUGGCACUUUUAUAUAUGGAAAUUGUGUUUCAAGUGAAGGCCUUACACUGUAGAUCCAAAUGGGAGUCAAUUAAACCCACACUUUAGAAAAA